AUCGCUUAGGCCGCGGUUGUUUUUGUUGUUAUUGUCGUCAAAAUGGCGACUAGCGGAGAGGCCCCCGAGUCCUGGUAUCUUGCCCUGCUUGGUUUCGCCGAGCAUUUCCGCACUUCGAGUCCCCCUAAAAUUCGCCUCUGCGUGCACUGUCUCCAAGCUGUAUUUCAGUUCAAGCCUCCACAAAGAGUAGAGGCCCGAACGCACCUUCAGCUCGGCUCGGUCCUCUAUCACCACACCAAGAACAGCGACCUCGCCCGGAAUCAUCUAGAGAAGGCGUGGUGUAUCUCGCAACAAAUCCCCCAGUUUGAAGAUGUUAAAUUUGAAGCUGCCAGUCUCCUCUCAGAGCUUUAUUGCCAACAGAAUUUGGUUGAUUCUGCUAAGCCUUUACUACGCAAAGCCAUCCAGAUUUCCCAGCAGACUCCUUACUGGCACUGCAGAUUGUUAUUCCAACUCGCACAACUGCACACACUGGAGAAGGACUUGGUGUCUGCGUGUGACUUAUUGGGUGUAGGUGCGGAAUAUGCCAGGGUCGUCGGAUCAGAAUAUACCAGAGCUCUGUUUCUUCUAAGUAAAGGGAUGUUGCUGCUGAUGGAACGUAAGCUACAGGAGGUGCAUCCGUUGCUCACGCUGUGUGGGCAGAUCGUGGAGAACUGGCAAGGGAACCCCAUACAGAAGGAAUCCCUCCGGGUCUUUUUCCUGGUGCUGCAGGUCACGCAUUACCUGGAUGCCGGACAGGUGAAAAGUGUAAAGCCGUGCCUAAAGCAACUGCAGCAGUGCAUUCAGACCAUCUCAACACUCCAUGAUGAUGAGAUCUUGCCCAGUAACCCCGCAGACCUCUUCCACUGGCUGCCUAAGGAACAUAUGUGUGUGCUCGUCUACUUGGUCACUGUUAUGCACUCGAUGCAGGCCGGAUACUUGGAGAAGGCACAGAAGUACACAGACAAAGCUCUAAUGCAACUAGAGAAACUAAAGAUGUUGGACUGCAGUCCAAUCCUCUCGUCAUUCCAAGUGAUCCUGCUGGAGCACAUCAUCAUGUGUCGCCUGGUCACAGGCCACAAAGCAACGGCGCUGCAGGAGAUCUCUCAGGUGUGCCAGCUGUGCCAGCAAUCCCCUCGUCUGUUCUCCAACCACGCUGCUCAGCUCCAUACUCUAUUAGGGCUCUACUGUAUUUCUGUGAACUGCAUGGACAACGCAGAGGCUCAGUUCACUACAGCCUUGCGGCUCACUACACACCAGGAGCUGUGGACUUUCAUCGUGACCAACCUGGCCAGUGUCUACAUUAGAGAAGGCAACCGACACCAAGAACUUUAUAGCCUAUUAGAGAGGAUAAACCCUGACCACAACUUUCCUGUCAGUUCCCACUGUCUACGAGCUGCAGCUUUUUAUAUUCGUGGACUUCUCUCCUUCUUCCAAGGUCGCUACAACGAGGCCAAGCGUUUCCUGCGUGAAACUCUAAAGAUGUCCAACGCCGAAGAUCUGAAUCGACUGACCGCAUGCUCGCUUGUUCUUCUUGGACACAUAUUCUAUGUUCUGGGAAACCACAGGGAAAGCAACAAUAUGGUGGUUCCAGCCAUGCAGUUGGCCAGCAAGAUUCCUGACAUGUCUGUUCAGUUGUGGUCUUCUGCUUUGCUUAAAGAUCUGAACAAGGCCUGUGGGAACACGAUAGACGCGCACGAGGCAGCACAAAUGCACCAGAACUUCUCCCAGCAGCUCCUACAGGACCAUAUAGCUGCUUGCAGCCUGCCUGAACACAACCUCAUAAGUUGGACAGAUGGACCUCCACCAGUGCAGAUCCAAGCUCAGAAUGGACCCACAACCAGCCUGGCCAGCCUGCUUUGAAUAUCCAACACACUGAUAAACACACACACACCCACACUCUCACUCACUGUGAGCACACCUACUUGUACAUACAGGUCAGCCUCUGAGCCCUCACACACGCGCACACAUACACACACACAUUGAAACUAAAGGAGACAGGACUCCACUGCCUUUUGUCCUGCAGAUUUUAUCUUGUAUUCUUCAGAUUUUAACUUAUUCUUAUUAAACUUAUGAUGUUGGGGCAAUGAGAUGUCACUGAGACCAACGGGAUGCGAGUCACAAUGGGCGCGAUAAUGACUUCAGUCCGCGUAAACAUCCACACAGAGAAAGGCUCUACUGGGAAAUAAAUCUGAGGCAUGCA